AUGGUCAAACAAAUAAUUUUCUUAUUAUUCUCACUUUUUAUUCAAGAAAAAAAAGGGAUUACCGUUCUUGUCUUAUAUUUAUCAAGGCUGGAACCUGAAAUAUCUUCAGCUUCAAAUGCGUUUGAAAUAUCUCCAGUUCAACAUGAAACUAGAGAUUCAACUGACCAUUUACCUCUUAUUGUUGAGCAACAGCAGUUGGAUACUUUGGAUUUUGUUGAUUCCUCGGUUACCGAAUCUACAAAAGAUUCAAUGAAAGAGGUUACAAAUCCAGAUUUUCAUGAUGAAAUACCGGAAUCACUUGUGUACAUUAAACCAGAAGAUGAAGUGUUUCCUUCACAUGUACCAUACAUUAUUGUUGGUGCUGGAGCGGCUGGAAUGUCAGCGGCCCGUUCGAUACGUGCCUCAGACCCAACAUCUAGAAUUUUAUUAAUUUCUGGCGGUGCAAUAGCUGAACCAGGUAUUAAAGAAACUUCAUUCGUUGAACCACCACCUUACUUGAGACCACCUUUAAGUAAAGAAUUAUGGAAUCGAAGUCUGGAUAAAGAGAAAAAGUUACUUCGAAGCGAUGGAGAUAUUCGUCGACAUUCAUGGUUAUAUUAUGAACCAGAUAGCUUCUUUUUAAAACCGGAAGAUUUAAGUUCUGUCCAAUAUGGUGGAGUAGCAUUAAUGCGAGGUGAUCCUGUCGUUCGUCUGGAUCCUGAUAAACAUACCAUUUUUCUGGCAUCUGGUAGACAAAUAACCUAUGAUCGUUGUCUUUUAGCUACAGGUGGUUCGCCUAGACGGUAUAAACACUUGGAAACGUGUAGUCAAACUGGUGUAAAUCUAAUUGACACUGGACAUGUUUCCUAUUUUCGUAAUAUAGCAGAUUACAGACAUCUUAGAGAUCUUGCUGAUAAACUUCGUCGAACUAGUGGUGGCAGGAUUGCUGUUAUUGGUGGUGGUUUUCUCGGAAGUGAAUUAUCUGUUAGUUUAUUAAAACAACCGAAAUCUACAGAUAGCAAGAAUGAUGAUUCCGAUUCAAAAACUCAAUCAAAACUAUCUAUAAUGCAUGCAUUUCGUGAAACAGUUCCAAUGGGCAGUGUUUUGCCACCAUGUUUAGCUUCAGCUGUUGGACGUUUUGAAUCAAGUAAAGGUAUUGAAUUGUGGAGUUCAUCAGAUGUUGUCAGCUUAUCACUCAUUCCUAAUACAAAUGUGAAUACCAGUACUCGUGCUACUACUACUACUACAAGUGUAAAAGAAUCGCAAAAGCUUUUACCAUUGGAAAAUGUGAUAGCCAGUACUAAUACUGAACGUGUUCGCCUUCGUAUUAGACGUACAAUAUCUGGCAUUGAAAGAGUAGAAGAAGUAGACGUUGAUCAUGUAGUUUGUGCUAUUGGUAUAGAACCGAACACGGAGCUUUCUUCAGAUGCAUCCCUUGAAGUAGAUCCUAAUAAUGGUGGAUUUCUAGUGAAUGCCGAAUUGGAAGCAAGACAAGGUGUCUAUGUGGCUGGCGAUGCUGCAUCUUAUUGGGACCCAGUUGUUGGUUGCCGACGACGUGUUGAGCAUCUAAAUUUCGCUGAAGAAGCUGGAUCAUUAGCUGGAAAAAAUAUGGUUGCCUCAUUAUUAUCUGGAAAUAAUAAAUUUUCGUCUAGAACGUCGUCAUCAUCAUACUACCAACACCAAUCAUCUCUAUGGUCUACACUUGGUCCGGAAAUAUCGUGGGAUGCAGUCGGAUUGAUUGAUUCACGCCUACUUUUAACACGUGCUUUCUUUGCCUCUUCCGCUACUACCGGUGAUGAUGAUAAUGAUAUUGAACAUAAGUCAUCUAAAGAGGAGAAUUCGACGACUCGAUCUUUUUCCCAUAUACCUGAUUCUAGUAUAGGUAGACUUACCAAAGGUGUUGUUUUCUAUCUUACCCCAAAAGAUAAAAGAUUAGUUGGUAUUCUGCUAUGGAACAUGCCUGAUGAAAUUUAUACAGAUGCAAAUUAUCCGGCACCUAGUCGACUUAAUCUAGCCCGUAGUUUAUUAGCUCAAAAACUUAUCAUUGAUCUUGACGACUCUACAGAGAACAACUUGCAAAACUCAACAGGUAAUAACUUACGUCAACUAGCCAGUCAAUUUGAUGUUUAUGGAGAGAUUGCCGAGGAUUAUGCACAUUUACAGGAAUAUAUAAAAAGGAAGAAAUUAGAUGAAGAUAAUAAUAAUAUCGCUAAUAAUAAUGAUAAUUCAACAUUCAGUUCUGUAGAUAAUAAACCUCCCAAUAUGUAGUAUUUUCAAAGAAAAUAUCAACUACAGUAACUAAUCAUGUGCUCAUUAGCGUUGUGGCAUUUAAAAACGAGCAACCAAUGAAAAGAAAACUCAUUGUUUUGUUUUUGUUACAUAUAAUUUCUUACGAAUUUUUUAAAUUUCAAGUUUUUUCGCUUAUUGUUUAUCAAAUAGAAACUGAUUAGAUUGACAUUAUCUAAUUUUCUUUUCUGUUUGAUUGCUGUUGUUGUUAUGUCUUGUAGAGUAGAACACUUUGCCGAUAUAAUGUUUUGAUCUGUCGAAUAUUCCAAAGAAUAUGUCUCACUGAUUAAAACAACUGAGUAGAAGAAAUUACUCGCCUUUUCACAUUAUAUGUUACAUCGUAGCCUUACUGGAUUAUUUCACAGUCGAUUUUAAGAUAGGUCACGUGACGAUGGCAUACGAAAACAUGCCUAAUGAAUACAUACAGAAUGUACUAAUGGAUUUACCAAUACUAUGUUUGAUACUUAUAGCUCAGGAAAUGUGAUUAUUCUGUGGUCCGUUAAGUCUACUACCAAACGUCUGAAUAGUGACCAGUGAAAAAUUUGACUACUACUGUUAGUCAGUUAGAGGUUUUUAAGUGGAUGUUAGUUUCUGGUUGCUCACAAAGUGCAGUAGUAUUUUAACAUGAUAUACUUGAGAAGGCACCUGCGAGUGACCCUAGACUCCGAGGGAAAGCUAUUUAUUCUCGACUAUCCAUGACUUAUUCCUCAAUAGUUUUCGUUUAUUAGUUCUUUACGUUUCCCAGUUCACCUUCGAGAUCGGGAAUUCGUGUGGGAUAGAAAAGCGUACUGCUCUUAUUAACAACCUUCUCUAAGUUCUAUUUGUCGGCAUCGUUUGGGAGGUUUUUUCGACGGAAAACAUUCCAGUACAGUCGUUUGUACAGCUUUGUUCUCGAAACUUUAGUUAACUGCAUACUUCUAUUAUUGUAGUUAUAUUGAUCCAGUGGUAUUUUCCAUUUUCUUCAAUUAUCUAAGAUUGAAUAACUUCCAGUACCUUAUCACUCAGCUUAGUAGUUUAUUAUAUUCCUUAACAGAUCAAAUUCGGUUAUUGCUAAGUCCCUGAAGCUUAUUAAAACCUUGUUGUUUAGUUGAUUUUAUGCAGCGUGUUUCAAAUUAGAGAACGCGAGUGAUGCAACUACUAAAAACACUGACGUUCACGAUAUUUUAGGGCUAAAUAAUUAGUGUAGUUCAACCAAGUUGAUCUAGGCGUGAAUUAGCUAUCAUUAUGUACUGUAUCCAAAAAAGUCUGAUACUCAAUGAUAUUGUGAUACCUUCACUGAACCCUUACAUUACAAUAAUGUAUGAAGUUUUCGGUAGUCGUUCUUGGUCUAAUGAUUUUCGUUGAUGUGAUGUUCGAAUUUCUAAGUUACAGUUCUUCCGUUUCACUUUCAUAAUGAUGUGAAUGUACUUAAUUUUUGUCUUAUUACGUAUUAUCGGUGUUGUGACUUUAUGAGCCGCUUGUUAUCACGUAAUCUAUUUGCCAAUCAAAAUACGACUUAUUCGCUCAUAUACUGUACUAAACCAGUGACGUUCGACCGGUCUGAUCAGCCUAGCGUCCUAUUAGUCCGUUGCUCGCCUAGUCCGUCCAGCUGAGUCCAGAAUGUCAACAGACUCCACUAUGCGAGUUAUUUAUUUCGGACAUACUGGGUUUAUAUACCAAACAAACAGACCGCAACGCAGCAUAAAAUAGGAAAUAACAUUCAUACACAAUAAAGCCAAAAAGUGGCUGUGAAUGUGGGA